GCAAACAGCUGUUUCUUCACAUGUCUUCUAUUGACAGUGUCGGUUUCUUUAACAUAAACAUCGAUUAAAAAAUGUUAAAUUUAUUAAAUAAAACCAAAAGUAUUUUAAUACCAGCUUUGCGAAACACCACAGUCCGAUCGACACACGAUGCUGUCAAAGAGGCGACACCGCUAGUAGAAGUAGCAGCUCCCACACCCCCACUUAUAUUACCACAAAACUGGUCUCAAUACGAACCUGUCAAUCGUUCGUUGGCUAGACAAGUUUGGAUUGAAAACAUCGAUGCAAUACCAGAACGUAAAUUAGGUCUUAUUGAAUUGCAUCCGGAUGUGUUUGCAACCCAACCCCGUGUUGAUGUCAUACAGGAGAAUGUGGAAUGGCAGCGCAAAUAUCGUUAUGUAAGUUUUGCACACACCAAAACUCGAGCUGAAGUUCGUGGCGGUGGACGCAAGCCGUGGCCACAGAAGGGAAUGGGCCGCGCAAGACAUGGUUCCAUACGUUCUCCACUCUUUCGCGGUGGUGGCGUUGCACACGGUCCUCGCUCACCCACAACACAUUUUUAUAUGUUACCAUUCUUUAAACGUGUGAUGGGUUUAACGGCAACGCUUAGUGUGAAAUUGGCACAAGACGACCUACAUAUCAUCGAUAGCGUUGAUGUGCCCACACGUGAUCCUGAAUUCUUUAAAGAGUUAAUAAAGGAACGCAAUUGGGGACCAUCGGUUUUAAUUGUGGACAAAGACGACAUAUUCCCCGAGAACAUUUGCUACGCCACGGACGCGCUGGGUUAUGUGAACUUAAUGCCAUCGUAUGGACUAAAUAUAUAUUCAAUGUUAAAACACGAUACAUUAGUGCUAACAGUAAAUGCCGUUAAACACAUCGAGGAGCGCUUACUAUACCAGAUGAAUCGUACAGACGCAACAGCGAAAGGUGGCAAAUUUAAAUUGGAUCAAGUUUAAAGUAUUUUUUUGCUACUUUUCUUUGUUUUACUUGUUUUGCUUUUUCUCAAAAAUGCUUCAUCGCUUUCCAAAUAAUUCAAAAUGUUAUAUAAAUCU